GUGCCAUCCGACAAGUGCAAUGGAGCGGUACCUGAACCGCGCACGGGCCGAGAGCUUCUUGAUGGACGAUGGCCAAGAGGUCGAGGCCAGCGUGCUCUUGCGGAUACCAGCGGCCGAGGCCUAUGCCUUAUGGCUGCGUCAAUGCUGGGGUGGCCCUGCCCAGGUCGGCGCGACGCGGUCGAGCUAUCAAGGCACGGAGAAGCUAAGCGUGCUUGCGCCGCCCGAUCAUGGCAACGAGAGCGACCGCAUCGGAAGCGUGCACUACGAGCUCGCGAGCCGCGGCUUGUUCUUUCACGGCUACAAAGCCAUGGUGAGCUUCAUCCCGGAUGCUAAGAACACGGCCAACACGCUCGUCGUGUGGGUCGUCAAGUACGAUCCGACGCAGACCAGCAUCGUCCUUUGCUGCGGCGGGACCAUGCUUCGCCUCCUCACGCGGAACUACCUCAAGAACCAGCUCCAAGGCCUCCAGUAACCAGCGCGCAUCGUCGCUCGCUUCUCAGAAUCCUACCACCUACCUAAUCCAAUACCGACCGCACCAACGUUGCGUGACCCCGGG